GCUCCGCUCCGUUGCCUGCCCUCCCCUCCCCUCCGUACUACCGGCCUCGCUGGGUGAAAUGUUUUGCCGGAGCGCGGGCCGGGCCCUCCGGGCGCUGGUGCUGCUGCCGCUACAGCCGCCCGCCCGGGCUGCGCCGCUCACGGCCCGGGGACAGGCCGCUUGCUACGGUACUUCAAUAACAUCUGCCAAAAUCCAAGUGAAUGGAGUCCACCUGCAUUAUCAGCAAACAGGAGAAGGAAGCCAUGCAGUUCUUCUGCUUCCAGGAAUGCUAGGGUGUGGUCAAACUGAUUUUGGACCACAGCUUAAGUCUAUGAAUAAGCAGCUUUUCACAGUUGUUGCAUGGGAUCCUCGUGGAUAUGGAAAGUCCUUUCCUCCAUCUCGAGAUUUUCCUCCAGAUUUCUUUGAGAGGGAUGCAAAAGAUGCUGUGGAUCUUAUGCAGGCACUAAAAUUUAAGAAGUUCUCCUUGCUGGGGUGGAGUGAUGGUGGAAUUACAGCACUCAUUGCAGCUGCAAAGUACCCAAAUCUUAUCCACAAGUUGGUAGUCUGGGGAGCAAAUGCCAGCGUUACUCAAGAGGAUGUGAGAAUWUACAAUGGCAUUCGAGAUGUUUCAAAAUGGAGUGAAAAGGUCAAGAAACCACUGGAAGAGCUGUAUGGACAUAAGUACUUUGCAGCAACCUGUGAGGCUUGGGUGGAUGGAAUAUCGCRCUUUGCUGAAAAUUCAGAUGGUAAUAUCUGCCAACAGUUGCUGCCAGAUAUUAAAUGUCCCACAUUUAUAAUUCAUGGUGAGAAAGACCCUUUGGUCCCACAAGCUCAUGCAGAAUACAUUCAUAAGCACAUCAAAGGCUCUCGGUUGCUUCUGAUGCCGGAAGGAAAGCAUAAUUUACACCUGCGCUUUGCAGAGGACUUCAACAGAGAAGUGGAAAAUUUCCUAYGCUGACUUGAACUGUAAAACAAAUUCCUCUGCCUUGUUUAGGAAUUUAAGUUGGCUUUCCAUUUUCACUCAAGUUAUAGGUAGGUUUGGGUCCUGUAAGAAAAAACAUUAAAUGUAUUCGCAUGAG